GUGCCCUUAUUAGCUGUCUUGUUUCUGGCAUUCCCUAUUGCCUUCCUGCUCGUCGUUAGUAUCUGACUGCGUGGAAGCAAUCAUCUCAGGACACCCAAUCUCUCGGUCUCAGGAGGCCAAUUCCGUCUGUGUUCUUUGUCCGAAGACCGUUCUUGAUUUCGCUCAUUCCCCGCUUUCUUUUGGGGAAAUUUGGCAACCGAUUCAAGUGGAGUUCAACCAGAGCAUCAAAGCUUUUCCGCUCUCUUCCAUUUGAAUACUGCCCAGAUUGCUUUUCCGCUGGGCUUUUUCUUGCGUUCAAGCCUGUAAAGUUCUUCCCUUUCCGAUCCCCAUUAUCUCUUCGUCGAUUGUUUGCAUUUGAUCAACGGACCCCAUUUCUUUCCGGCGGAUUAAUCAUUUCCUUUGCGCCAAAGCAGCCCAGCUCGAUUAUUUCGUGCUCUUUAAUUUAGCGUCUUUUAUUCACAAGCUUGUGUUGCUCUAAUCUCUGGGAUCAGCAUUUAACUCCAUUGCGCUAGCUGCAAAUCAUUCCAGUGUUUCGAAAGCUUUAGGAUCACCACGCUUGUCCCGAUUCCAGCAUAAAAGAAAAUUCCAAUCUUUUCCAAGAAACUCAGGCUUCUUCCUUGCGAUUUUUGUGAGUUCUUGGCCCAAUCCGAUGGGGAAGCUUGGGGAGAGGCUGAGAGCCUUCUCCACGAACCGAUGGCUAGUGUUCGUGGCCGCAAUGUGGCUGCAAUCCAUGGCCGGCAUCGGGUACCUCUUCGGCGCCAUCUCGCCGGUGGUCAAGGCCGCCCUGGGGUACAACCAGCGGCAGGUGGCCGCUCUCGGCGUCGCCAAGGACCUCGGGGACUGCGUCGGGUUCCUUGCCGGCACGCUCUCGGCCACGCUGCCGGCGUGGGGGAUGCUGCUCAUUGGCGCGGUGCAGAACUUCCUCGGCUACGGGUGGCUCUGGCUCAUCGUCACCAGGCAGGCGCCGGCGCUGCCCCUCUGGAUGAUGUGUGUUCUUAUCUUUGUUGGAACCAACGGCGAGACAUACUUCAACACGGCUUCACUUGUUACAUGCAUCCAGAACUUCCCAAAGAGCAGGGGCCCAACAGUGGGCAUCCUAAAAGGAUUUGCCGGCCUUAGCAGCGCUAUUCUGACACAACUGUAUGCAGUAAUGCACACACCAGACCAUGCCACGCUUGUCUUCAUGGUUGCAGUUGGUCCAUCAUUGGUCGCCAUUGGCCUGAUGUUUAUUAUUAGGCCUGUUGGCGGUCAUAGGCAGGUACGGCCAUCCGACAAGAACAGCUUCAUGUUCAUCUACACUAUUUGCUUGCUCCUCGCCUCGUAUCUUGUUGGUGUCAUGCUAGUCCAAGAUUUCGUUCAAUUGAGUGACAAUGUGGUUGUUUUUCUCACCGUGAUUCUAUUCAUCCUUCUUGUUUUACCAAUUGCAAUCCCUGUGGUCUUGACGUUAUCAUCAAAAACUGAGCAUCCAAUGGAAGAGUCUCUCCUGCCUGAACCAUCAAAAGGAGAGGCAAGCACCUCACAAGAAAAGGAGGAUCAACCGGAGGUCAUUUUAAGUGAGGUGGAAGAGGAGAAGCCUAAGGACAUUGAUUCAUUACCCCUAUCUGAAAGGAGGAAGAGGAUUGCAGAGUUGCAGGCCAAGCUAGUGCAAGCUGCAGCAAGGGGUGGGGUUAGAAUCCGGAGGAGACCACACCGAGGGGAAAACUUCACCCUGAUGCAGGCAUUGGUGAAGGCUGAUUUUUGGCUUAUUUGGAUAUCGCUUCUUCUUGGAUCGGGAUCAGGGCUUACGGUGAUCGACAAUCUGGGUCAGAUGAGUCAGGCUGUUGGCUUCAAAGACGCACAUAUUUUCGUGUCAUUGACGAGCAUAUGGAACUUCCUUGGUCGUGUUGGAGGUGGCUACUUCUCUGAGAUUAUUGUCAGGGAACACACAUACCCAAGGCACAUAGCACUGGCAUUUGCUCAGAUCCUAAUGGCUGCUGGGCAUUUCCUCUUUGCAAUGGCUUGGCCUGGAACUAUGUACAUUGGGACCUUCCUGGUUGGACUCGGAUAUGGAGCUCAUUGGGCUAUUGUGCCAGCUGCCGUUUCUGAGCUUUUUGGCGUAAAACACUUUGGUGCAAUGUACAAUUUCCUCACUGUAGCAAACCCCACAGGAUCACUCGUUUUCUCGGGCCUUAUUGCUAGUAAUCUGUAUGACUAUGAAGCUGAGAAACAAGCACGCCACCAUCAGAUCUCAGCAUUGCCGUCUCCAAGAUUGCUUCACAAUAUGGGUUUUCUUGCAGAUGGACCACUGAAGUGUGAAGGGCCUGUUUGCUUCUUUGUCAGCUCACUGAUCAUGUCAGCAUUCUGUGUUGUGGGAGCUGGCUUGAGCCUCAUUGUUGUUCACAGGACUAAACGGGUUUAUCCUCACCUCUAUGGUUCUGUCCGCACAUGAAAUUUCUAUGGAUAGGAGAUGUGAAAUCUUCCUUUUUGUUGUUCCAUGUACCGCAUAUUCUUGCAUAUAUGUAUCAUAUACACACAAAGUUAAAGUUUGCCUGUAAAUUCUCAAAUCAUAUCAGAGCUUGUAAUAUAAUAACAAUUGUCCCCAAAUGGAAAGUUACACGUCU